AUGUAUUUUGCAAGAUGUUUUAGGAGGAUAGGAUCAUUAAAAGAGCUUAUCAGAAAAAAGGAUUGGAAAUCAGCAGCUGAGCUUGUGGAGACAAAAGAAUUUACUGAAAAUCUCGAGCCUGCUCACGCCCAAAGUAUUAUGUGGGGCCUUUCAAAUCUUGGCAUGUCAAAUGAAGCAUAUCAAUUUAUCAAUCAUCUUUCCACUACAAAGACUCCUCCUUCAGAGCUGGAAUUUAUUGCUGGUAUUGAAGUUUGUAUCAGAAAAGGCGAUAUUCCACGCGCAAUGAAUUUAAGCUGUAUUUAAUUGAAUUGUGAUGAAAAAAUAUUAUUAUACAUUUAUUCGUAAUUUAAAUGGUUAUUAUAUAGUCAAUUUAUCAGAAAAUUCUCAAAUAGAACUAGACGCCGGGGUUUAUAAUGAACUUCUUAUAAAUGGACAUAAGACUAUUGGACUGCAAGGAGUCAAACAUGUCUUAGACCUUAUGAAAAAGUCACAGCUUUUCCCUUCUCUUUCUGUUUGCCUAGCUUUAUUGAGAAGCGGAAUGUGGGCGGAAGAUAAUAAGUUGAUUCAAGAUUUGGUUUUAACUAUGGAAAAAGCUAAAUAUACCCGAUUUAAAUGAUUUUUUUAUCAAUUCAGUAGCAUUUUUACAAUAUUUUAUUUAUUUCUCCUUCAUAUUUUCUAAUACAAAAUCCAUUUAUUAUACUUAUUUAUAUGAAAUUCCUGCCAGUCUCAUCGACGAAUACAUAAAAUCAUCAGUCGCCAGCGGAAAAGAAUGCUUAGAGUUAAAAAAAACCUGGGAUGGAAUCAGAGACAAACUUGGCUCACAAAUCGAAAACCCAAAGCCAAACUGCACAAAUCCCAAUGGAUUUUUCUUUCUCAACGCACUCAAUCCAAACCAAGGAAACCUUAGCGGAGACAAGCCUGAUGAUGGGUUGAGAUCAUAA